AUGUCGGCAACACCAAGCCGACGGCAGUCAUCUCAGGCCCAUCCACAAUCAGCACAAUCACGCAGACGAACCGCAACCCACACCUCAAUCUCAGAGGCAACACCCCUACCAGAAUAUCAGACCCCUGUGGCCCCCCUCACAGCAGAAAGCCAGCGCCAAAUCGCUUCCCUCCUCGCAUCACACCACCUCCGCAACCUCCGCACCCAUCUCCAACAUGCCGCCGAGAAACUUGCACACUCCGGCGGUGAAGUAAAUGAACGGCUCAUUGAUGCCCGGAUUCGGUACGAAAAAAACAAGGAGGCGCGCCGACGUCAAGGCGACGAGAAUGUCGACGACGACGAGAGCAAUAAAGAGUACCAGCGGCUUGCUGAGGCCGAGGCUCGAGUCGAUGCAGUCACUGCGCAGAUGGAGGAGAAGACACGACUGAUUGUCGAUUCAGAAAUCAAGCUCCAGGGGCUGACAGAUGCGAUGGGUCAAAUUGAAAGGGAGGAGGGUGAGAAUGUCGCUACUGCUUUGGGAGUAAGGCAGACUCGUCAACAGCGGGCAAGGCAGAGGGCCAAUGAGGACGAUGAUGCCGAUGGGACUGAAGAUCCCACGGAUGGUGAUUAUGAAGAUGCGCAGGAGAGAGAGAUGCGGGAGCGCAAUGUAGCGAACCCGCCCAGUCGCAAGCUGGCUGAUAAAUUGAGCGAAGGCGCUCAGAAAUGGGAUGAGCUUUCUUUGACAGAGAGAUAUGCCCGCAAUAACUCCUACAUCGGCUUCUACCGAAUGGUUCACGACGCCAAGUUCCCCGGUGACGACGUCCCGCCGUUACCCCACUCAUCUACAUGGUUCGAGCAUAUGGAAGAUACGAAUGCGCGACCUGGAGGACCGGCACGCACGCGCAACCAGCACCGUGGCGUAUCGCCCGCCGACUCUGACGAUGACAUUGCUAUUGAGCGCGAGCGCAUCUCCCUCAAAUGCCCGUUGACUCUCACGCCUUAUCAGAAUCCCGUGACGAGCACCAAAUGUCCCCACAGCUUCGAGCGGGAGGCUAUUAUGGAUAUGAUCAACCGCAGCCAGACGACUAUUGCGCCUCCGGCAUCUCGUCGGGGCCAGCGCCGCGUCCAUGUGGUGAAAUGUCCUGUUUGUUCGACUCCAUUGACCGCGGACGAUUUGCGGCCAGAUGCCGUGCUACUACGUCGUGUUCGCCGUGCACAAGAGCUCCAGCAGCGCGAGGAAGAGGAUGAUCACCUCGAAGGGGAUGGGAGAAAACUGAAGGAUCGAAAUAUCGGCAUUACCUUGGGUAGUGACGGGGAAAGCGAUGACGAGGCUAUGGAUGUCGAUGCCCACCCUGCCUCACAGCGCGUCAAAAUGGAGCCGCUCAGUCAGCCUGCUAGGGCCGCUCAAUCCGAUGAGUCGAGCGACGAUGCGGAGAUUGAGGAUGGGGAGAAUGCGGAAGAGGAGAGUGACGAGGGGAAUAAUGAAGAAGGGGAUGGAGAGGCGGAGAUUGAAAACCCAAACGAAGAAGUGGCCAUUGAUGAGCCCGACGAUGAAGAAGCGGAGAAUGAAGAUGGUAAGAUUGAACCAGCGCAGAAUGAGGAAGAGCAGAAUGAAGAGAUGGACACUAACGAAUCUGAAAAUGAAGUGGAUAUUGAAGAGCCGGACAAUGAAGCAGUGGCAACCGAACCGGAUGACGUGGAGUAUGGGGAUGUGGAGAGCGAGAAAGGGCCAAACGAAGCUGCGGAUUCUCCAGACGUGCAACCAGCGAAUGCGCCACGUGAGAGUCAAGAGAGUGACAGCGACAGUGAGGAUAGUGAAGGUAGUGAUAGUGAAGGUAGUGAUAGUGAAGACAGUGGAGAGAGUGAUAUUGAACCCAAAGUCGAGAGUGGGUCCAAGGAAUGA